UCGUUACUGUCUGUAGUGCCGCUGUUGUGCAGCAGAUUUUAAAAUUUAAAAUAGGGAAUAUUAGAAAUCGUUUCAGAAAUCAGAACCAUUAGGCCGAGCCUACAUACUACAUAAAGUUAUGGCAAAACUAUAUUAUUUUAAUGGUCGCGGAAGAGGUGAGAUAGUAAGACUUACUCUGGCUGCUGCAGAUAUACAAGUAAGUGAUUGAUUAGUUAAGUUAGUAAGUUCAACUUCUACUUAUUAAAUAAAUGUCAUAAGUAUGAAAUUGAAAAUGUAAGUAACUAUGUACUUUUUUAAAAUCUCGUACAAUUUGUUUAAUUAAUGAUUGGGUAAAUAUAGGGUUAAUUAGCAAAUUUUUUGUAUCCCUCUGCUGCCUCGACAUUAUUAUUUAUGAAUGACCAGCUGUCGCUCCAUUCCUUCAAAAAUCAAGACAAGAGUAGGCCUAUCUACUCACUGCUAAGUCAUGUAUGUGUGCCACAGUAUUAGUACAGUUACUCACUGUAGCAAUAAUAAAAAAGCUUGAAAAAUAAUCCCCCCCCCCAAAAAAAAAAUAUUUUUUUUUUAAUGUUCAAAUUAAUCAUACUAACGAAACCCAAAUUUUCAGUUUUGUCAAAUACACUUUUACACACUUUAUUACUUUAUAAUAAAUUAUACUGAAUUAGACUUUAUUACAGGUUCCACCGAAAAUAAAACCCUAAAGACGUAAGUUAAGUCAAAAUCCUUUAUUUUACACAAAAUAAUAUGAUUUCUCUACAAUAACCUUACUUUCACUUUCAAAUGUUAAUUAACCUCACUUUAAAACAUUUAUUUUAAAGAUUCAUCUAUCAAAACAUUCCAUCAGUGAUCAGCAAAUUAAUAUCUUUUAAAAAAACGUAAACCCUAGUGAGUAAUGGUAACUAUUCACAAAUAAACAAGGGGAGUUUACUCAUACACAGAAACUCAGGGUGAUACCCGAUUCCCUAAAUUAGCAGAUGGUUGCUUUAGUCCGCAUGUGUCAAACUUAAGGCACAUGGCCCACAUCCGGCCCGCCGUACAAUUAUAUCUGGCCCGCGAGGUCUUGACCAGCGUACAAAUAUAUCCAAUUCAACGCUAUAGUGUUUCCCAAUGCACAUUUUGCUUAUUUCAUGCCAAGUUUGCACAGUGCUUUAGGGCCUUUGAAGCACAGAAAUAUAAUUUCAAGCAGUUUCGUAACCCAUUCAUCAUAGACGUGAAUACUGCACUUGUAAAUUUGCAGAUGGAGCUAAUAGAGCUGCAGUGUAAUGGGACACUAAAGGCAAAGUACGACACAGUUGGGUCUGGGCCGACACAGUUGGGUCUGGGCCAACACAGUUGGGUCUGGGCCUGCACAGUUCACUCGUUUCAUUCCUGAAGAGAUGCCCCAGUUUCAUCUACAUGUGGCUCGAACAUUGAGCAUAUGUGUAGCACAUACAUGUGUGAGCAGCUAUUAUCUGUGAUGAAGAUUAACAAAACAUCACACUUGCAGUCCAUCAUGAGAAUCUCAAUGGCACAGAGCGUUACUCCCAACAGAAACGAACUUACUUGUUUUUGUAGUCAAGAAAAUGUGCCAAACAUCCCGCUCUGACAAAUUGACAUAAGAACGAAAAUGGGUCUGCCAUUAAUUUUUAAUUAUUAAAACUUUUAUUUUUUCAUUUAUAUAAAUGUUUUGGUUUUUUUUAAAUAUUAAUUUGCCGCUUAUUGGAUGUUUAUCCUGUUCGGCCCGCAACCUUACAUGUGAUUUGUAUUUUGACCCGCCGAGAAAUUGAGUUUGACACCCCUAUUUUAGUCUAACAAAACUAGAUCUACAGUAUUUUAAUUUUAAAAUCUGUUAAAUAAUGAAAUAACUUUUAAAUAACAUUUUAAUUUGAAACAAAACAAAGAAAAUUGUAUAUUAUGCAAAUUACAGAACUAGUAUUUGCUUAUAACUGCGACUAUAGUCCAUUCAGAGUAGUCAUAACAGCAGAACAAAGUGGCAUUCUUUUAAAACUUGAAAUAAAAGUUUAACCUAUUUCCAAUAUAAAAUUUUAUGUUUGUUUCUUUAAAUUAAAAAAAAAGUCAAUAGCAAAUCUUGAAAAAACAUGUGAAAAUCUAUUAAACAAUAAUAAUACAAUAACAUUUUAGAAAAAAGAAGAAUAUGAUGUUUUGAAAUAUAAAUAUAUAUGUAUCUUACUCAGAUGAAUGCAUACAUUUCAAAAUUUCAUCUCUCUGUCAACUAUAUACUAGUUCAAAAUUGCUGUAGGCACUUCCUUUUGCACUUGAGAGUAGCCGUUGUUGCCUGCUAUAGAAAACAGCAGUAAUAACCCCUCAUGUUGGAAUGGCAGUGGCCUUGAUACCUUGUUUCCCAAGCUGAAGAAGUCUUGAUAAAGUCUCUACAUGAUUACAUGCUUAUACCUUUCAUCAACCAAGUUUUGUUGUAAAAAAUCCUAAUGAGAAUGUAAGAAAUAUAUUUUAGUAACAUCAGGCAGUUGAGUUGCUUGUAGUUCUGAGCUCGGUGAUUCACAAGAAAGUUGCACCCCCAAUGUACAUGCAUCCUAAGCGGCAAGUUCAAGUGGUUUCAGCUUGGUUCUAAAAACCUUUGAGAUUCUGGAAAAAAAUAAUUAAUUUCUAUUGCUGUUACACAAUUUUUCACAAUUUCCAGUUAAAUAUGAAGUACAUUUUCUAUUGAUCAACCUUUGAUUCAUGUUGUAAGUUGCGCCGACCAACAUUGUGCUGAGAUCUAGAGGCCACUAUUUCACUUUGAAAUUGUUACAGUCACCACUACUGUUCCACAAGCAAAAAUCACAUAUGAUUUGUGUACCCCAGCUGUAGUCUUAGAUUAUGAAGUGCUACCACUUUCAGGUCAACACAUGUUCCAGUUGUAUUCUGAUCAGUUGAUCACUUUCAAAAUGAGUUUCAUUCAUAUGUCUCUUGAGGCUUACUGCAUGAGCUUUAGGAACAUAUGAUUAUAUGUUACCGGUACCAUUGUGCAACAACAAAGCUUUCAAGCCCACCUUGCUGGAAUCUAAGAACAACCUCCACUGAUCAGGAACAUAUUCGCAACUUAUUUUCUGCAAGAUACUAUUUACAUUAGUACAAAAACAGAUAUCAAUUUCUAGUUUAUAAUUUAUUUAAAUUUCUUGAAUGCGUGCAUAACUUAAAAUCUCUUCAUGCUAGGCAUAUUCUAACUUCAUAUUUUGAACCAGAUUGUUAAAGUCCAUAUAACUCACACGUUUAACUAUCAGUAGCAAAAUCACUGUAGACCAUUGUUUUUAAUGAACUUUUUUAUUUUUUAUGCAAUCCUUUGCUUUGCACUAGUGACAUUGUAUUUCUCUUAAUUACAAUGCUCCUCAUGAUAAUAGCGUGAACAAACGUUGUCAGUGACAUUAAAUCACUUGGAUUUUGUGAAAAUGAUUGAAGAAGAUUCUUAAAAUUUAAAGCUAAAGGAGUUAUCCUUAGGCCUGGUAGUAAUUUACACUUACAGGGCUAAGUUUAUUUUAAAUAUUUGUCCAUAAAAAAUUAUAAUUAUAUUCUGACUUGCCUACAAUAGCAUUUCUAUACUCCUUAGGUGUAAACUAAUUAUUCACCUUGUUAUUUGUAAUGAUUGUCAGAAUAGCCUGCCUACAUAUGAAUGAUAUAUUUACAUUUUUUCUCUCUACUUGAGCUAAGCUUCUAUUUAUUUCUAUAACAUCAAACAAUUUUAUUUUUUUUAACUUUAAUGAGGCCAAAUUUCUCUAUAUAAAAUUCCAUUUUGUCUUUUCAGUUUUCAGAGGAACUUAUAACUGAUCGUGAAGAGUUUCUUAAGUUGAUCAAUGGUAAGCCCUGAAGCCUAAGGAUAGAAACUAUGACAAUCCUCCGAAUUCCGGUCCCAAAUUAUUUCGUAUGUAAAAAAAUUGCAAUGCACAGUGUGUAUUUUUAAAAAGCAGCAGAAAUAUCAGUCAUAGUUUUUGCAAAUAACUGCCAGUUUACAAAUCAUUGAGUAAAUACUAAAUAUUGUAAUUGGUGCAUAGCAUUUGCAAAUAGCAGCCAAAAACGUUCUGCUUGUGAUUGUUGCGCCACUGAAAGGCCCCCCAAGUAGCUGGCAAACAGACCGCGACUAGUCCCACUCUAAUAGCGGAGUUUACGCUCCGCUUGCAUCCAAAGUCAUUCAAUAGUUUCUGUGUCAAUGUCCUGGUCUACUGUCUACUGGGUCAACAAAUUCACGCGCGUGCACAAUGACUGCGUGAGCAUCAAUCCCGUUGUUGAGUUGACCGACAUUCUGAUAUCUUCGCCAAGCGUCCUCCGUGACGGUAGUUGUUCCUGGUAACACGUGAUUAGUGAUAAUGCGCUCGAGUGUUUGUGCAUCUCGACGGCAAACAACAUCCACCCAACAUCGUCCACUACCGCAAACAUGAAUUUCAAGACAAAAUUAUGCCUAAGACUUUUAAGUAAGGAGUAUUCAUUGGAAAUAAUUUGGGACCGGACUUCGGAGGAUUGCCGAAACUAUAGUGUAUGUAACUGUAAUCAAGAAAUUAUUUAUUGAACUGCAAUUGUUUGUGGGUGAAUUUCAAAUUAAAGUUUAUUUAAAUAGUUGGAUAACAAAAUCUAUUUUCUUGUAAAUGUCUAUGGUCGGGUGGUGCCAUGAUAAUUUUGUCUGCUUCUGUGAAGGGAUGAAGCUGUUCUUGGGGAGGAGGUAACCCUGAUUUAAAAACACCAAAGUCAAAAGUUACAAUUUUCCUUGAAAUACUUAAUCAGCAAACCAAAACCUACAAGAAUAAUGUAGGCUACCGGUAUUUUGAAAAAUUGGACAACUUUUUUUUUAAAUGUGCAAUUACUGGGGUUAAAUAGCUUCAAAAAUAGUGAGACAGAGUUGAAGUUCUGUAAAUAAUGUCUCAAUAAAUAAUCUUGAUUAAAAUUUGAAGAGCUUAUAAGCUAAAUAAAUGUUCCAUCACAAUUCGUAAAGUAUUAAAAAUCAACCCAUGAGACAAUAUCAAUAAUAUUCUGAAAAAGCUCCAUCUGCACUCAAUAGUCUACCAUAUUUUUCACUUCACUUUUUGUUUUUACUUGAAUCUACCUGAUAAAGUUUGCAUUAUAAAAGAAAGACAAUAUUUUAUAUUUGUGAAUUUCUUAAAGCUUAAGCUAUGAUUUCAUUUUUUUGCUAAUAGUUUUCAAAUAUUGAUCAAUAAAGUUGGAAAGGAUUGUUACAUUAAUCUUUGGCUGAUAUUUAAUUGUGAGUUUUAUUUCAGAUGGAAAAUUAUAUUUUGGUCAGCUUCCAUGCCUAGAGAUUGAUGGUAAACACAUUGUGCAGGCGAAUGCCAUUGUUCGCUAUCUCGGAAAAAGGGCAGGACUCCUGGGAACUAAUGAAGAUGAAGCAUUGCUGUAAGUGAUGUUUCAUAUUCAUUCAAUUAAGAUGUGUUGCCUUAAAACAGGUAAAUAUUUUCUACUCUCAUUUAUGUAACACAUAUUUUCUCUUCUAUUGAACCUCUUCCAUUUUCUGACCAAAACAAGGGUGAGCACUCUUUUGUGGUGAGGGAAGUGCAAAAACAGUAUUUUUGUAAUAUUUCUCUUGUUCUGUCUUUGCCAUUCUCUUAUCCAAGAACAAAGAUGUGUAAAUAGUUUAAAAGGUAUUGUUUCGGGGUUUAAACUUUCCAUUAGGGCUUCCAUUUUAAAUGUUUAAGAUUAGGAAAUAUCAUGAACAAUUAAAUUAAUAGAAAUCUUAAGAAUGCUGGAUCUCUUUUCUGGAGAAUUAAUUAAGGAAAAAAGUAAAGUUCUUGAGAGGUGGACUGAAUAUUUUGCGCUAAAUUGAAGCAAAUUAGUUUAACACACAGGCUAUAACACAGAUCAACAACUGAUCAGAUCCCUAUUAGAGAAAUGUUAUGAAUAUCAUAUAAUCUUACAAGACUGAUACAUUUAACAUUAAACAACUCAAAAAAACAAAAUCAUGGUUCAGGGUGAACAUUCAAGGGAAUUUCAGAUUAGAUAAGGCCUAAGACAAUGAGACUCACUGUCUUGUAUGCUAUUUAACCUAACAUUAGCGAGAGUUAUAAGAAAAAUACAUAUUGACACCAGAGAAACAAUGAUAGGAUACUUUCUGAGAAAAAUUCAAGACUCACAACCAAUGGGCACUCUCUACAGCCAACCCCUUCAAUAUCUUGCAUAUGCCCAUGACAUAGAACUUUUAGGACACUACAAGUAGGGCUCGAAGUUAACAACUAAAAACAAAAUACAUAACUAUGAUUAAGAGAACAGACAGAUGAAACAAUUAAAAUUAGAAACCAUGCUUUUGAAAAAGUAAAUCAUUUCUAACAUCUAGGAUCCUUAAAUAAUAAAAGUAUUGACUUUCUAUCAGAAAUAAAAGAAUAUCAGCCAGAAACAGGGCAUACUUCAGUUCUCCACAAAAUACUCAAAAGUUAAAAAUGUUAAGAAACAAAAAAUAAAACUAUAGAUAAAACUGUGAUUAGAUCAGUAGUAACGUGAGUGUAACUUGGACCCUAACAAAAGCUUUUAAAAACCUAAUAAUCACAUGUGAAAUAAAAGAUCUCCGGAAAAUAUAUGGACCAACAAAGAAUGAAUAUGUAAGGAGAAUAUGAAAGAAACCAGGAAUUGUAUGGACUAUACCAGGAUCCCACACUAGUGUAGCAGAAAUAAAAAAGGGCAGGCUGCACUGGGCAGGAUACUUAAAAAGAAUGACAGAAGAGUGAAGAAUGUGCACCAUCAAAACCCCACAGGAAAACGGCUCAAAGUCAUACCUAUUCUUAGAUGGAUAGACUAUGUGAAAAAAGAACUACAGCAGUUGGGAAUGUAAGCAUUAAAAAGUAAAGCAUCAGUUAGGUCUGAAUGAUGGAAGUAAGUGGUGAAGCAGGCCAAAGUCCUACACGGGCUGUAAUGCCACUGGGAUGGAUAGAUAUUUUUUCUACUACCAGUAACUAAUUUUUUUGUAACUUAAGUAUUUUUUAAAUCAAUGAUUUCUUUUAUGGAUUAUCUAUUAUUAAAAUAAUAAUAUUUAAACUGUUAAAUUUAGGAAUGUAUAAUAAAAGUAUUUUUAAAAUCAGUUUUAAACAAUUUAAUUAGAAAAUAUUAGCAUUAUUUAUAUACCAGUAUAUAUAUGACUGUUAGUGAGGGUUUUUUGGUUUAAGUGGUCGUUGGAAAAUAUUUUAUAAAGAAUGAUUAUGACACCAACUAACAUUUAAUGUUAAGUGCUUAGCCUGCUAAACAUACGUUCAUGAACUAUUUAUGCCUCAGCGUUGAUCAGUACUAUGAGGGUAGUCGAGAUUUCAUGUCACCAUCAUUGGCAAUAGGAUUUUCACCAGAGGAGGAAGUUCUUGCUACCAUAAAAACAAAAACUCUGCCAAAAUUUUUACCCAUUUUCAACAAGGUAUUGAAAACAUUAAGAUAAUUAUAAGUCAUGCUAUUGUAUAGAGAAUAUGUAAUUUCAUUAUAAUUAUAGUUAUGAUUUUUUUAAAAUGUUUAAUCUUUGUUGUACCAUGAUUCCAAAGAAGAAAGACAAAGUUUAAAACUUGUUCAUACAAAGUUGAAAAAAUAUUUUUAUUGCUCUUAGUUAGUCUAAACACAUUAUAAAUAUCCCAAUUAUUGAGAAGACUUUAACAAAUUCCACACAGCAACACUAUUCAAAAUUUUGACAACCUGCAUAGUUUCACUGACAUUGAAAGCAUAAUUGAUAAAUUGAUGAGGUUUUUGUUAAUGCAAGGGAAAAGAAUAUUAUUACUACAUCUUAUUAUUUUAGUGCUCUUAUGCAUUUGUCAUUUUUAUAAUCACAAAAACUUUGAUUAUUACAUUUAAUUUUAAUUGCAUACUAAAGAUAAUAAAUAGUCCCUUUUUUGUUCCUCAGAUUGCUGCAAACAAUGGAACUGGUCACCUAGUUGGCAACAGUUUAACCCUUGCUGACGUUAGUCUGCUUGAGCCCUUAUUGGUAUAUGUAGAGUAUUUUGGUAAAGAAAUUCUCCAGGACUUUCCAGCUCUUCUGGUAUUUUUUUUUGUGUAACUUGUUUUUGUAGAAGCUGAAAAUGGCAUUUAGACCACUUUAUAAAUGUUAUUACUUUUCAUAUUCAGACCGUACAUAACACAAUUACUACAAAUCUGAUAAAAGAUGUUAAAACUUCUCAAUCUUCUGAGACUUAAACCAAUGUAACUCAAAUCAUUUUUUAAAUCAAUUUUUUUUAAUAAAAUAAAAUUAGAACUUUAAAUACAAAAAAAAAAUUAAAUUUAAAAAUAAUAGAUUUCUGUUAAUUUAGUUAAUUUUGCUUUUUUAAAGGGCCAAUAAAUCAUAAUGUUGAAUAAAAAAAAAAAAAUUUGUUGGGUAUACAGCAGUUAUUAGACUAGUUGUACUUUGUGUAUAACCUAAAUGCAAUUUGUUUUGUUUUUCAGAAACUUUGGGAAACUACUACAAAUAUUCCCAGCAUAAGCGGAUACCUGAAUGGACCACUUCGGAAACCAAAAAAUGAUGAGCGCUAUAUCCAGGAGGUUCAAAGAGCUCUGGCACGAAACUGAAAUUAGCCAAAUUUAUUCAAUUAAAUGCAUUUAUGUUUCUGAUGCAGAUUUUGUAAUCAAGCUAAGCAUUGUUUUUUUCUAAAUUUUGCCUAAGUUUUCUUUGAUACAUGAAAAUUUGUUUGGUAAGUUCAUGAAUAACUGUAAACAAUGCAAGUGCAAUUAAUUAAAUCUAAUGUGUACUAGUAGUGAGUAGAGGAAGAAAUCCUACUAAAUCUUAAUGGAUGCAUUAUUUUUAAUAGUUUUUGGGUGUUAUGGUGAUAAAUAUACAGUAUUACCUUAUUUUAAUUGGUCAAAUUGAUUUUAUUGUUCUGUUUUGAAGGACAUCUCCCAUCCAUUAAUUGUAGAAUUGAUUGUCUUAGAUCACUUCUAUGAUAUUGCUGCCUUAAAUUAAACUGAAUAUAUUAUUGAAUCUGUUUCAUUUAAAUUUCAAUCAUAAAAUUGUGAACUCCUAAAUCAAGAAUUUUGUAGAUAAUUACUUAAUGCUUAUUGUCAUGUGGCAAUAUAUUUCAAAUCACCUUUAGAUGUGCUAGUCUUCAUAUUUUUUAAAAUAUUUGUGUUCACUAAAACUAGCAUAUUUUAUUCAUGUUCCAUUUUUCCUGGUUAUAUUAACUUAUAUCAUUAAGAUUUUUGUUGUUGCAAUUAAUAGUGAUAAAUAAAUUUUAAAAGAUA